CGAGUCACCUAUUCAGAAACUUAUGUCAACGUGUACCCCGUGGACCUUAACAAGUUGGAAACCCUUGCUAUUCUCCUUGAAACGGUGGUUGUGAAGGGCAUCCCGGACGUUGCACGCGUCGUCGUUCAGGAAGGUCAGGAUGGCCAACAUCGAGUCUUUGUGGAGGGCCCUAAACUGCAAGAGCCCGUCUUGUGUCGAGGUCCUGUCACUCGCAUUGUUGCCCCGGUAUCUGAGCCUACUGCUAAAAAAGACGAUCCCGCGGAUUUCAGAAAGGCGUUCGACCAAGAUGUUUGCGUCAGGACUGAAUACCUUCUUCACAAAUGGGAGUGA